UAAAAAUCAUAAAGAAUCGAUAAUCAUGUCACAGAAGUGGAGAGCUCUGCUGCUUCUGCUGCAGCUGCUUGGCAAUUUGGAUUCGGGUCAGGCGAUUUGGUUUCCCUGGUACUUCCAGCGCUACGGAUUAAUCCCGCACUUGUUUCGCCAUGGCGGGGGUCAGAAAAACAAGAGCCAGUCGGGUUCCACCUGUCCCCCUGGCUACGAGCCCAAGUCCUUGGCCUCCAGGAUGGCCGGAAAGAUUGCUGGCUGUGAACAAUCUACAGGGUCGAGUGAAGGUGGAUCACAACGCUUCUGUGAUGACAAUCCCGUGCUGAUGCAGUUGGCCCGCCUCUACGUGGUGAGUCCCGAGCGGAUUGUCCUGCUGCUGGCGCAGCCCUCACUCACCGACUCCUGUGCCGAGAUCACCGAUGUCCUUGGCAACAUACACAGCUCCAUGCGCAACUGCGUCCUGGCGCCGGAUAAUAUCUAUGGCAGAUUGGCGGACGGACUGAGCUACUUCCGGGCGGAGGUGUGUGAGGGGGGUGAUGGGAGCAACCGGAAGCGGUGCACAGGACUGCAGGAGUCGCACAACUGCAUUAGGGAACUCCGCACGGACAUGAUCGAGUGCGAGGCUCCGGCGGAUUGGUACGAACGGCGGAAUGCCACCAAGGUGUGCCACAUCUUCAACGAUGUCCUGGACUGCUACUACACCAGGGCUGCCUUGUUGUGCGGCCUCGAGGUCGCCAGGCAACUGCGGUCCUUCGCCGGCGACAGCAUGGGCAGGGCCAUGAUCCACCAGUGCGAGGUCAAGAAAAGGUUGCCGAGGGUGGACAAUGCCAUGCCCAUUCACGAGGCCAGCGGAGUUGACCCAAUGUCUCCACUAUACAAUUAUUUUAUUUUGCUAAAUAUUUGUAUUGGGUUAGCAAGCUUUCAAUAUAUAUUUUGGUUAUAA